GGGAGGCGGCGGGAGCCAGGAACCCCAUGCGAGCCAGCGGAGCCCGGGAUGGCUUCGGCUGGAGGCGGCGACUGCGAGGGCGCCGCGCCGGAGGCGGACCGCCCUCAUCACCGGCCCUUCCUGAUCGGGGUGAGCGGCGGCACCGCGAGCGGGAAGUCCACUGUGUGUGAGAAGAUCAUGGAGCUGCUGGGCCAGAACGAAGUGGACCACCGGCAGCGGAAGCUGGUCAUCCUGAGUCAAGACAGGUUCUACAAGGUCCUGACCCCAGAACAGAAGGCCAAGGCACUGAAGGGACAGUACAAUUUCGACCACCCAGAUGCUUUUGAUAACGAUUUGAUGCACAGGACUCUGAAAAACAUCGUGGAGGGCAAAACUGUCGAGGUCCCAACUUACGAUUUUGUGACCCAUUCAAGGUUAGCAGAGACCACGGUGGUCUACCCCGCAGACGUGGUCCUGUUCGAGGGCAUCCUGGUGUUCUAUAGUCAGGAGGUCCGGGACAUGUUCCACCUGCGCCUUUUUGUGGACACAGACUCUGACGUCAGGCUGUCAAGAAGAGUUCUCCGGGACGUGCAGCGCGGGAGGGACCUGGAGCAGAUCCUGACCCAGUACACCACCUUCGUCAAACCGGCCUUCGAGGAGUUCUGCCUGCCGGUACCCUCCCGCUUGCUUGGGGACCUCCUUUUCUCCCUUUUCAAGAGGACCCCUGGCGCCCUGUACCACCAAGAAGUACGCAGACGUGAUAAUCCCUCGAGGGGUCGACAACAUGGUGGCCAUCAACCUGAUCGUGCAGCACAUCCAGGACAUCCUGAGCGGCGACCUCUGCAAAUGGCAGCGAGGGUCCAAUGGGCGGAGCUACAAGAGGACAUUUCCUGAGCCGGGAGACCGUCCUGGGGUGCUGACCGCUGGCAAGCGAUCGCACUUGGAGUCCAGCAGCAGACCCCACUGAGGAGCGGGGUGCUCAGCCUCCUGGGCAGGACCCCUAGCAGACUGUGUUCAGGGUCAGGCCCAGAGAUACCCGCCCCACCCCCCUAAAACGCCACCACUGCUUCCUCUGGGCGCCAUACGGUCCGGACAGGAUGGGCGGGGAUCGCGGGGGUCCUCACUGCACCUGUCGACUCGACGGGAUGUUGGCACGCCCUCGACAUCUUCACCUGCUUCCGCACAUUAGAGGGUUAAAAGUCCAAGUUACUGAGAAAUGCUCCAGAAUGUGUGGUGAGCCAGUCACGUCUUUUGGGAACACAGAGCACACGGCCUGGCUGCUGUGGCUGUCCCAGCGUGUGUUUGACAGGAACCCACGGCGAGAGGGACUUUCUCUAGGACGAUCUGGUUCCCGGGCACAUGCGACGGAGACAGGUCGAGAAAAGAGUACUUCCCCUCUCUAGGUGUUACAUGUGUGACUGUUUCGUUAUUUAUUCUGCCAUGUGAGUUGUGACCCAGUAACCGAGUUUCGUGCUCCAACCCCCCUGCCGCCAUGGGGUGCGAUCCAGCGGGGCACACCCCCUUCUAGGAGCCAGAGAGCUUUCCUUCCUCCUGGGCUGUGCGCCAAGGAAGGAGUCCCGGGAACAAGCCUUUCCUUAACCAGCAGCCAACACAGGAGACGACACGUGCUCACCCAGGCCGAGCCCGGCUCCACAGGUGGGGCAGGGGGGGCGCAGGCUGGUGCCCCGUGUCUCCACACCGUCCUGCUCAGGAGCCACCUGGGGCCCGGGUGCUGAGUGGACAGGCCUUCCCUGGGGUAGCCCGGGGCCCCAUCCAGGGCCCAGCGUCCAAUGCCAGCCAGUCCCCUCGCAAUGCCCCACAUCCCCUGACUGCACCAGGCCUGCGGCCGGAGUCGUCCUGGUUUGUCUUCCCUUCCGUUUGUUUAGAAGUGACGCCUUCCCCUGGCGAAGGGCUAAGCUGCGCAGACACUCCCGGUUUCCCUCCAUCAAGCACUGAGUGUAGCUACACAGGACCCCAGUUGAGCUUGGCCGUGGCUGCUUCCUGAUGACCGUGUGACAGUCUCGUCAAGCUUACUGUGCCCUUUUGGAGAAUCAGUAAAUAAUACCAAAUGCCAAUA